CCCCACAUAAUGACGUUCUGGGGGUUGGGAUAAGGGAGGGAAAAUUGGCAAGGAAAGAUGAGAAGGGAGCAGAGGAGGAGAGGAGAGAUCUCUGCAAGAUUCUUUUUUAUCCAGCGUGGAGAGAGGUUUGGCGAUAUCCGAGUGAGCCACAGUUGCCAUUGGCAAGCAGUAUAUGAAUCGUGCUUUGGUUGUGCUGCAUUCACUGCGAGGGAACCUAGUCUGGGGAUAUCUGUUCCUGAUGCCGGUUUGUGCAUUUUACCCAAACUGAUCUUGGCAUCACUGCACCAGUCCUGCUCCAGGGCUCCUGGUUCUCCGUAAGCUGCACUGCGCUACCCAGGAGGAGACUGAGGAUCGCUGUAAGCUGUGUGGAGCCAGCUGUGUGCAUUCGUACAGUUCCAUGCAGGAUAACCUCCAGUGAGUUCUGUCUUGGAAUAUUACAGUAUCUGCAGUUUAGACUAUUGGGAUCAGCCAAACCCAAGCAGUCUGGGAGAAGGCUCCAUUGGACAGAGUAGGAGUGCGGAAUACCACAGUAAUGAUUCUUCGAUACAUUGAGGUCGUCGUACUGCUGCUGAGUAAUGGAGUCAGUGGAUGGAGCAUGAUACCACGGAAAACCGUACAUUUUUCUGGAGUGUCAGAGGUGCGCCUGUCCUGGCGUGGUGGCAUCUCACACUUCAUGACUCUGACUCUGGAUGAAAGUCGGGGAGCUUUGUAUGUGGGUGCACGAGAAGUCAUAUUUAGUCUGGACCUCAAUAACAUUGGAAAGGAAUUAAGACCCCCGAUUAUUUGGGAAGCUCCAGGGGAUAAGAAGUUGGAAUGUAUCCAAAAGGGAAAAAAUAAUCAGACUGAAUGUUUUAACUACAUCCGCUUCCUGCAAGAGUUUAAUCAAACUCAUAUCAUCACGUGUGGAACAUAUGCCUUCCAACCCAAGUGUGCCUAUAUAGAACUAUCUGGAUUCACUUUGGAUAGCAUUAACUUGGAAGAUGGGAAAGGAAAAUGUCCUUAUGAUCCAGCUAUAGCUCACACUGGAUUAAUUGUUGAUGGAGCUUUGUAUUCAGCAACCCUAAAUAACUUUCUGGGCACAGAGCCAGUGAUUUUGCGCAAUAUGGCACCACACAAUGUUAUGAAGACAGAGUAUCUGGCAUCUUGGUUAAAUGAGCCAAACUUUGUGGGCUCUGCUCAUAUUCCAGAGAGUGUGGACAGCGAUUUUGGGGAUGAUGACAAAAUCUAUUUCUUCUUUACGGAACGCGCUCUUGAAUAUGACUGCUCGAGUGAGCAGGUGGUAUCUCGGGUGGCCAGAGUUUGCAAGGGUGAUCAGGGUGGCCUUCGCACUCUACAGAGAAAGUGGACCAGUUUCCUUAAGGCCAGACUACUUUGCUCUGUCCCUGAUAUCCAGCUAAACUUUAACCUGUUGCAGUCGGUCUUCACACUUCACUCUGACCAAUGGCGAUCUACUCAGUUUUAUGGAGUUUUCCAGGCUCGUUGGGGUGACAUUGCAGUCUCUGCUGUUUGCAAGUAUUCCAUUCAGGACAUUCAGAGAGUUUUUGAUGGACCCUACAAGGAAUAUCGGGAGCAGGCUCAGAAGUGGGGUCGUUACUCUGAUGUUGUGCCUUUCCCAACUCCUGGAGCUUGUAUUACAGAUCUUCACAGACGUCAUGGGAUGACCAGUUCUCUGGAACUUCCUGAUAAUACCCUAAACUUUGCCAAGAAACACCCACUGAUGGACGAAUCUGUUCAGCCUGCGUAUGGCCGCCCACUGCUUGUUAGAAAGGGAACCAACUUAACAACAAUUGCUGUACAUAGGACUAAGGGCCUCGAUGGAGAAAUAUAUGAGGUCCUCUUCAUUGGAACAGCAAAUGGCUGGGUUAAUAAAGCAGUCAGUAUGGGCUCCACAGUGCAUAUAAUUGAGGAGCUUCAAGUGUUUGACAAAUCAUUUCCUGUGCACAGUUUAGUCCUCUCUAGUCGCAAGUCUUUGCUGUUUGUUGCAUCAGUGUCUGGACUAGUGCAACUUCCAUUAGCAGACUGUAGUAAAUAUCGCUCCUGUGCUGACUGCGUUCUUGCCAGAGAUCCUUACUGCGCUUGGAGCCGCAACACCACUCGCUGUGUGCCAGCCGAAGAACGCUAUAGGUCUGUACUUCUUCAAGACAUUCAAAGUGCAGACAUUUCCGUGUGUGACGUUCAAUACAUGAAAGCUGUAAAACCCUCCCAGAGGAACAUCACUGUGGCUAUCGGAACCAAUGUUGUCCUUCCUUGCCAGCUAACUUCCAAUUUGGCCAAGCCUGUAUGGACAUUUAAUGGACGGGAGUUGCUGACUGAGGAAAACGACUCAGUGUUAUAUGAUAUCACUCUACAGGCCCUAGUAAUCCUUGGUGUGAGCCCUCAACACUCUGGUUCAUAUUGUUGCUUCUCUGAAGAACAAGAAGUACGUUUGGCUGCUGAGAGUUAUGAUGUUCUUGUUGUGGCUGCCCCCUCUCUCACCUUGGAGUCUCGUGCCCCCAUGGACGGUUUGAGCGUGGUGUGGAUGACAGUGAUAGCUCUUGGGGCAGUGUGCUUUGCUUUAUUUUUGGCUGUUGUCUAUCUACGCAGAAAGUUACAGGAUGAGUUGGAUAAAGGAUCUAAAUCGUUGGAGAGUACUCUGGUGUAUCCAAUCCAGCUGCCCACCCAACCCAAAAUCCCCAAGUGCUUGCCCAGUGCAGACUCUGAUGAGAAGCUGUGGGAUCCCUCUUCUUUCUACUACUCUGAUGGCUCCCUUAAGAUUGUGCCAGGCCAUGCACUCUGCCAGAACAGCACUGGCUCAUCCUCUCCUUCUGGCAAUGGGAUACCUGGCCAGCCCUUACCAUCUCCACCUCUUCAUUCACCUAAUCACAUGCUCCUUUCAGGAGUUAGAGGCUCUAAUAGUAAUGGAUAUAUCCGGCUAACGCUGGGUGGGGGUGUAAGUGAGGAACAUCCACCUCUGGGUGAGCUUAAUGAGGAGCUGCGAUGGAAACUGAAGCAGAGGCAGGCACUGCCAGACUCCAAUCCUGAAGAAUCAUCUGUCUGACAGCCCAUAUGACCUCUUGCGAUGUUUGCACUGUCACCAUAUUUGGUUUUAUUUGUAUUUUUGUUUCUUUUUUUUUUGUUUGUUUAACUACCUCAGGGAUUGGAGGUGUGGUGGAGGGACAUGGCCAAAUUUUCAGUCUUCCUCUCCUCACCUGACCUUUUACUGAUUCCCAAUGCCAAGACUUGUUAACACUUCCAGAAUGGCAUAUUUAAAAAUUUCAGUAUUCCUAACUUUCUCCAUUCCACAAUAUGGUGAGUUUUAUUUCAUUCAUAUCUAAAAAGUAAAAAUUACCAUCUUACCAACUUAACCACUCCUCCCCCUCCACCCUUAAUUUCCAGUCUCUGGAGUUCAGGGCUGUAGCAGCAAUAAAUUUGAGGAGGUUGUGUAACUGGGGGGCGUUGC